AUGGUGUGCGAGACGGCCUACAGGGAGGUGUUGCGGACGAGGGUGUCGGCCCGCACGGCGUACGCGUGCUGCCCGGGCUGGGCCGCCGCGCGCCGCGCCUCCCACUCGCCCUUCGGCUGCGACUCGCACGUGGACGAGUGCGACGAGUCGGUGGAGCGCCGCUGCGACCACAUCUGCACCAACACGCCGGGCAGCUUCCGCUGCGACUGCCGCCCCGGCUUCGUCCUGCAGCCCGACGGCCGGAGCUGCCAGCCUCUGGGAAAGCCGCCGGGGAUCGCGCCAGACCCGACCGACGCCGACUUCGAGUUCCUCGCCAAGAAGUUGGCCAAAUUAGAACAAAUUCUGCUGGUGCGGCAGAGGCACGAGCUGGAGGAGGAGGCGGAGGACUCGGAGGUGGAGCUCACGUCCGGGGCCGCGGCGGCCAACGCCGUCGCCAAGCUCAGCGCCAGGAUAGACUCCCUGCAGACGGAGAUACAUCACAUGCGACAGGCAGAGCAUCAGAGAUGUGCUCACAUGCAGGAACGACUCAGCCGCUUAGAAGAUGUUUGCUCACGAAUAGCACUGGUAGAAAGAAAAGUGCACCACAUUGCAGGUACCUAUGUACAGCAUUAUAUAAAACAAAAUGCUACUGAUUGA